GCCGGCGGCAGUGUGGUGCUGGGCCAGGUGGACAGCCGCCUGGCGCCCUACAUCAUCGACCUGCAGUCCAUGCACCAGUUCCGCCAGGACACGGGGACCAUCCGCCCAGUGCGACGCAGCUACUAUGACCCAUCCUCUGCACCAGGCAAGGGCGUGGUAUGGGAGUGGGAGAACGACAGUGGGUCGUGGACACCCUAUGACAUGGAGGUGGGCAUCACCAUCCAGCAUGCCUAUGAAAAACAGCACCCAUGGAUUGACCUCACCUCCAUUGGCUUCUGCUAUGUCAUUGAUUUUGCCACCAUGGGCCAGAUCAACCGCCAGACCCAGCGGAAGCGGCGCAUCCGCCGGCGCCUCGACAUGGUUUACCCACUUGUCACGGGCACCCUGCCCAAGUCCCAGUCCUGGCCAGCCAGCCCUGGAGUGGCCAGGUUGCCCCCAGCACCAUCCUGCACCUGUCCCCAGUGCUUACUGGUCAUGAGCGUCAAGGCUGCAGUUUCAGCUGGGACCAAUGGAAGCACUGGCACCACCCCCCCACAGCAGCAGCAACAGCAGCAGCAGCAACAACAGCAGCAGCAGCGUAAAGCCUCUGCCCCACCUGGUGGAGCCAAGCCGCCUUCCCUGAUGCCUGGGAACAAGCCCCUGGAUGGCACAGCCACAAUGCGUGGCUCACUGAAGACCCUGGCAUCACAAGUGAGCCGGAGACAGGCAGCCAGCACACCGGCCCUGAGCUCAGCUGGCUCACCUGCCAGCCCACCGAGUGCCAAUGGGAAAGCCUCCCGUGCCAGCCUCAACACCUUGAACCGCACCCACCUGCAGCGCCUAGCCAUUGCACAGUCCCGUGUGCUGAUUGCUUCUGGGGUCCCCACUGUCCCUGUGAAGAACCUGAAUGGCUCGAGUCCUGUUAACCCUGCGCUGGCAGGGAUCACAGGUAUCCUCAUGAGUGCGGCAGGGCUGCCCGUCUGCCUCACCCGCCCCCCAAAGCUAGUACUACACCCCCCACCCGUCAGCAAGAGUGAGAUCAAGUCCAUCCCAGGCAUCUCCAACACCUGCCGCAAGACCACCAAAAAACAGGCCAAGAAAGGUAAAACCCCAGAGGAGGUGCUGAAGAAAUACUUGCAGAAGGUGCGACACCCACCAGAUGAGGACUGCACCAUUUGCAUGGAGCGCCUCUCUGCUCCAUCUGGCUACAAAGGGCCGCAGCCAGCUGUGAAGCCAGACCUCGUGGGAAAGCUGUCCAAGUGUGGCCACAUCUACCACCUCCACUGCCUCAUUGCCAUGUACAACAAUGGCAACAAGGAUGGGAGUCUGCAGUGCCCAACCUGCAAAACCAUUUAUGGGGUAAAGACUGGGACUCAGCCCCCUGGGAAAAUGGAGUAUCAUCUCAUUCCUCACUCACUGCCUGGGCACUCUGACUGUAAGACCAUCCGCAUUAUAUACAACAUCCCGCCAGGGGUCCAGGGACCAGAGCAUCCAAAUGCUGGGAAAAGCUUCACGGCACGUGGCUUCCCUCGACACUGUUACCUCCCAGACAGCGAAAAGGGCAGGAAGGUGCUGAAGCUGCUGCUGGUGGCCUGGGACCGGCGCCUCAUCUUUGCCAUUGGUACAUCCAGCACCACAGGCGAGUCAGACACAGUGAUUUGGAAUGAGAUCCACCACAAGACGGAGUUCGGUUCUAACCUUACGGGCCAUGGCUACCCUGAUGCCAACUACCUGGACAACGUGCUGGCUGAACUGGCAGCCCAGGGCAUCACUGAGGAGAGUGUAGCCCAAGAGAAGGACUGAAAACAGGGGGAGGGGAUCCCAUGGCAGAGGGUGAGGCCUUUGCCAAGCCACGGCCCUUAACAACAUCUCCUCCUUCUGUCCCUGUGUGCGCUGUCCCUCCUUUCACUUCCUCUGCCUGCCAUAGCCACCCCCUAGCUCUGAAAGCACUGAAAAUCUGGCUUGCAGGGGGCUGUGGAGGAGAAGGAGCCCCUGAUCUUAGUAUCUCCCUCCCCCCACACACAGUACUUCAUUAACUGGAGCAUCUGUGGAUUGGGACUGCUCAUUGUUUGGGGGCAAUAAGGCCCCCAGUAUGGCCACAACUUCUGAGGUUAUAUUGCCCUCAGUUUGCUAUCAGCUGUUAGCACUGAGCUCUCGCGGAGGGGAGAGGGACUGAACUUGCUAAACUCUGUGAAAACUAAUUGCCUCAUGGGGGUGUUCCAGCCACUGGCAAGCACUCUUGUCCACGUAGCUCCAGUACCACUCAGGAGCCAAGGAGGCUUCUCACAAAAGCCACUGGGGGGACAGGAUUCAGAACUAGCCCUAGUCGUCUCAUUCGGUCAGGAUGCUGGUUUUGUGUUGUCAUGUCACUGCUGCUUUCAUUGUGUGGACUCGUGAGUUGGGAAUGUGCUGUUUGCAGGUCUGGUAUUGCCCCCUUUGUUCCACCUCACCCUCCCAUUUACUCAUAGCCAGGCCUGGCUCUCUGAUCCUAUUCCCAGUCUGGAUCUGAGUUAUGCCUUGGGGAAGUGGGGUAGAAAUCUCAUCUCUUUGAUACAUUCCAAAUUGGACCAAAACCAGAACUAGCUGCAUCCUCUUUUCACAGUGAGUGGAGCAGAACCAAUUCAGAACUAGUUUAGAACAAGUCCAGCCUUCUCAACUAUGUCCAGGGAAAGUGAAAGGGAAACUGCAACCUUCCGUCUCCUGGAUCUGUUACUGGCUGGAUCCGAAGUCUGGUUCUUAAGUUUACUUCGAAUUAUCCCAGAACUAUGUCUCAGCCCUUUCUCGGCUGUCUAUAAGUCUAUAAACUGUGCCCCAGGGAGUUGUUUUAUGUGGUCCAUUCCUGUUGUGGAUCAGAACCAGUAGAGUUGAGUUGGGUGGGAUGGGAGAGAGUCUUAUUUCCCUGUGCUCCCUCCUCCCUCACUAAAGUGGGUUCUUUGAACUGUGUGUGUGGGGGAGUCCCCCUGAAUACUGAUUGGAAUUUAUAUACCUCAUGUUUGGGGGAUUUGUCGUAUAUAUUACGUCAUGUUUGAAAAGGACGGUGACGUUAGGAUGCUUAAAUGAAACGGUACUUAAGUUAGACCUGGAGGCUAAGUCUGCUGGUGUUUGCCAUGGCACAGGUUUGAGACUCUCUGGAUUGCCAUCUUGAAAUGGAGACACCAUGUUUUGCUGCCCAUGUUUCAAAUUGGCUGCCAAGUGCACCUCAGAAAGGUGGAAAAAGAAAAAAUGCCCCAUCCCACCCAUUAGUGUGACCCAUUAGUAGCACUGCUUCCAAUGUGAAGAAUUUCUGUCCUGAGAUUAACAUUCACUUCACACUAGCGCAGGCUGGGGGUAUUAGCAACAAACUAUCCUUGUGGUUAGACCUGAUGGUGGUCUAACCACAUGGUCUAACCACAAUCUAAAUGAGAGAUUGCUAGCAUUUAUGCAGUGGUUUUAAAGGCACUGUUUGGCCUCCUUGGUACUGCCAUCUGGUGGCUUCUCUGGUACCUCAUCACAGGUGAAGUAACUCCCACAAGGGUGUUCUCUGGGGCAGGGGCAGGUAUGUUUGCACCCCACAGAACAUCCUAACAUCUCUCUUGUCUUAUCCUGUAGGUCUCUUUACCAGUUUAGGGGCUUGUCCUGAGACCCUUGUGAAGUCUCUGUGGGUGGGAGCCGGGGAACGGGGCAGGUGGUACAUGCAAAUGGUAGAUGAUUGGGUCGGGUGAGGCAGGAAGGGGUGCGGUUGGAGUCAUGAUUGUGGGCAAGGUUCAUCAGAACAGUGGUAGGAGAGUAGGAUUCAGGGGAGCUCCACAGACUUCAUAAAGCCUGGUAAUUCCACUGUCUUGCCUUUGCAAAGAUGUCUUCAUGGUUUCUUCUCUAGGGCAAUGGGUCACAGCCUUUUUAGACUUCAGGCACUCCUCACUAAACUGAAGGCACCCCACAGAAAAUGUCAUCUCUUAUGUUUCAUUCAUUUUUCUGACUCUAGAAAAAUAAUAGAACAAUUCUUUGCAAAGAAUUGCAAAAAACUCAAAUCACAACUGGUCAGAAUGCUUUUUACACUGUGAAUUCCUAUUUGGAAUCUCUGAGUUUAUCAUGUAGGUGUUUGCACUGCAGUGUCCUGGUUGAGAAUCUCUGCCCUAGGGGCUUACUGAAAACAGACCAUCUCAUCCUGCCCUGGAAGUGAACUCCAGAGCCCCCCCAGCUCCAGAGUUCUCAGCACAGGGCUCACACUUGUCCUAUGGGUGCCCAAAAGCCACCCCUGUAAAAACCUCAAGCACUUCUUAGCUACCAGGGUGGGAAAUGGUCCUGCUCUUGUAAGCUUCCUCUCUCUGCAUCUCAGCCCCCUACCCCAGACUCCCCAUCCUAUGCCCCCCUCCCCCACCCCAUCAGCAUCCAGCUAGUUAGUCUCACACUACCCUCUACCCCUAAAAAGAGGAGAAAAUUCCUUUAAGGACCAAUAAUCCCCUUCCACCAUCCCACAACCAGUGUGCUGCCUUCAGCAUGACUUGGCUUCCAGGGUAGGUGACGGGGUUGGCGAGUAUCCUCCAGGCCCCUUGGAUGUCCCUCUCUGCUGAGGAGUUAUGGGGAGAGAGGUGUUCAUUGUCCGCCCCCCAACAACACACAGAUUUUGUUUUGUUUUGUUUUGUUUAAUUUCAAACUGUCUGUGGUUGGUACGUUCUCCAGAAGACCCAGCCUGUAGCAGCAUUGGUGGGAGUCAGCAGGGCACGGGGUCUUGUUGUGUGUCCUCGUUGCGUUCAAUGCAAGGUGUGUGGUGGUGGUUGGUGUGUUUGGGGGAAGGGUGGGGGGUGGGGGAAGAGGGAAGUGUCCUGCUGUAUAUUGUUUUUUUUUCUUUCCAUUUGUUUGUGAACGGAGCAUUUCGCCCGUCUCUGGUUCGCUGCCAUGUGAAAGGACAGCACUGCAGAAUAAUAAAUGGGGAAAGCCCUCCUGUCGGUCCAGAGGGCAUCCACUGUCUGUGUU